ACAGGAUAUUCAGAUUGCUUUCACGGAGGAGUCUUCACACUAAUGAAAUUCAUGUAUACACAAAAACUUUGACCCAACAAAGAUGGACGACAAUGAUGAAGAGGAGAGCUGCAGUAUUUACCCGAGCCUUGUUCCUCUCAGCAGUGAGUUCACCGCCAGGAUGCAGAAGUUUGUGGAGGAGAGGACAGAAAUCAAUAUGUGGACUGUCGUACUGAUUGGCGCUGUCACAGCAGUUUCUGUUGUUGGAACUGUUGUGUUCCUUCUUUACAGAAGAUACAAACUGUCAAAGGAAGAGGCUGGUGUUCCUCACUACCGCUUCAGGAAGAGGGACAAGGUGAUGUUCUACGGCCGAAAGAUCAUGAGAAAGGUCCAGACGCUGUCCUCCGUUCCUCCUUCUAACUCAAACUCAGCCUCACGGCAGAGAGUGAGGAAGAGGACCAAGGUGCUGUCCAUAGCUCGCAAGAUCCUGCGUAUCCGGAAGGAGCCCCCCACCCUGCAGCCAAAAGAGCCUCCUCCCUGUCUGCUGGAGGCUGACCUGACAGAGUAUGAUGUGCAGAACUCCCACCUGCCCUCUGAGGUGCUGUACAUGCUGAAAAAUGUCAGGGUGCUCGGCCACUUUGAGAAGCCUCUCUUCCUGGAGCUGUGUCGUCACAUGGUGCUGAUCCAGCUGCACCAGGGAGAGGCUCUAUUCCGACCCGGUGACACUGAUGACAGCAUUUACGUGGUUCAGGACGGACGCCUGGAGCUGUGCAUCCAUGAGAGUGAUGGAACAGAUGCUGUGGUUAAGGAGGUGUUACCAGGAGACAGCGUUCACAGUUUGCUCAGUAUCCUGGACAUCAUCACAGGCUAUCCAGCUCCUUAUAAGACGGUGUCUGCUCGGGCAGCGAUUCCCUCCACUGUCCUGCGUCUUCCAGCUUCAGCAUUUCAGUCAGUCUUUGAGAAAUAUCCUGAAACUCUGGUCCGUGUCAUCCAGAUAAUAAUGGUGCGUCUCCAGAGGGUGACCUUCCUCGCCUUACACAACUACCUUGGCCUUACCACUGAGCUCUUCAACCCGGAGAGUCAGGCUAUCUCCUUGGUGUCUGUGGCAAAUGUUCUGGGUGAGGCUCAUCCGCACAAAAGCUUCCGCCGACAGGCAUCCCACUCCGACGAUCUGGGCUCGGAAAAGUCUGACGCCGAAAUGUCCAACAUCUCUGACAUGUCCACUUCAAAAUACAAGAAAUCUCGCUCUCUCUCCAGCCCACUUGCUGUGACAGGUGAAAUGUCAGUUGACCUCAACAGAGUGUAUGAACGGGGUCGAGUUGCUAAAGAAGACUUGAUGCCUCACAGUCCUGUGAAGUCUAUUUUAAAGAAGAGUGUGACGAUGCAGCAUACUCCGUCUGCGGUUUACCACUACAGUGAUGCUGGAGGAGGAAAUGUCCACCAUAAUAAAGUGAAUGCUAUUUUCCAAGCUGCUAAAAAGGAUCUGCUGCGGGUCAUCCAAAUACAGGAUCCCAGUCUGCUGGAAGGGAGGGUGAUUCUCCGCCAGGUCAAAGCCGGCUCUGUUGUGGCCCACCAGGGAGACCAGGACGUGAGCGUGGCAUUCAUCAUUUCUGGCUCGCUCCAUGUCUACCAGCGGAUGAUAGACCGUGAGGAGGAGAGCCUGCUUUUUGUCACCCACCCAGGAGAGAUGGUGGGCCACCUGGCUGUUCUCACAGGGGAACCCCUCAUCUUCACUGUGCGAGCGCACCGGGAUUGUACCUUCCUCUCCAUAUCCAAGGCCCACUUCUAUGAGAUGAUGCGUGAAGAGCCCAGGGUGGUGCUGAAUGUAGCUCACACCGUGGUGAAGAGGAUGUCACCGUUUGUCAGACAGAUCGACUUUGCUUUGGACUGGAUGGCUACAGAGGCUGGCCGCGCCGUGUACAGACAGGGAGACAAGUCAGACAGCACCUUCAUCGUCCUCAGUGGUCGUCUGCGCUCUGUUAUUGCAAAGGAUGAUGGGAAGAAGGAGCUGGCAGGAGAGUAUGGCCGUGGGGACCUAAUUGGAGUGGUGGAGGCUCUGACACACAUGAACCGAGCCACCACGGUCCACGCCGUCAGGGACUCUGAGCUCGCCAAGCUGCCUGAAGGAGCUCUGAACUCCAUCAAGAGGAGGUAUCCUCAGGUGGUCACCAGGCUGAUUCACCUGCUGGGCCAGAAGAUCCUGGGGAACAUGCAGCAGGUCAACGGACCUCUGGCUGGUCGUAGCCUGGCUCUCCACACUCCCACCAGUAAGUGGGAUGCUGGGAACCCAGCUUCUAACCUGUCCACUGUGGCCAUCCUGCCUGUAUCUGAGGAGGUUCCCCUUACUGCCUUCACCCUGGAGCUGCAGCAUGCUCUCAGUGGCAUUGGCCCCACGCUACUGCUAACCAGUGACAUCAUCAAACAGAGACUGGGCUCUGCUGCUCUGGACAGUGUCCAUGAGUACCGUCUGUCCAGCUGGCUUGGUCAGCAGGAAGACAUCCAUCGCAUCGUCCUCUACCAGUCUGACCCCGGCCUCACGCCGUGGACGCAGCGCUGCAUCCGCCAGGCCGACUGCAUCAUCAUUGUGGGACUGGGGGAGCAGGAGCCCACGGUGGGAGAGUUGGAGCGAAUGUUGGAGGGUGGCGCUGUCCGGGCUCAGAAGCAGCUGGUGCUGCUGCACAGGGAGGACGGCCCGCCGCCCAAAGGGACGGCUGAGUGGCUGAACAUGCGGAGCUGGAUCUCCAGACACCAUCAUUUGUCGUGUCCCCGCAGAGUGUUCUCUAGAAGGAGUCUACCUAAACUGAGAGAGUUGUACCAGCGUGUUUUUGAAAAGUGUCCAGAUCGUCAUUCCGACUUCUCCCGCCUGGCCAGAAUCCUGACAGGAAACAGCAUCGCCUUGGUGCUGGGUGGAGGAGGUGCCAGAGGCUGCUCUCAGGUCGGCAUCCUGCGGGCGCUGAACGAGGCAGGGAUCCCUGUCGACAUGGUGGGAGGCACCUCCAUCGGCUCCUUCAUGGGCGCCCUGUACGCCGAGGAGAAGAGCAACAGCCGGAUGAGGGCCAGAGCCCACGAGUGGGCCAUGGAUAUGACCUCGUACUUUAAGAAGAUCUUGGAUCUGACCUACCCAGUUACCUCCAUGUUUUCUGGAGCUUCCUUUAACUCCAGCAUUAGCUCUGUGUUCAAGAACAAACAGAUAGAGGACCUGUGGUUACCGUACUUCAACGUUACCACAGACAUCACAGCGUCCUCGAUGAGAGUUCACACUGACGGUUCGCUGUGGCGGUAUGUCCGGGCCAGUAUGUCCCUGUCUGGUUACCUGCCUCCUCUCUGUGACCCCAAAGAUGGACAUUUGCUCAUGGAUGGAGGUUACAUCAACAACCUUCCUGCCGACGUGGCUCGGUCCAUGGGGGCCAAGGUGGUGAUUGCCAUCGAUGUAGGAAGCCGGGAUGAAACCGAUCUGACCAACUAUGGUGACUGUCUGAACGGCUGGUGGCUGCUGUGGAAGCGAUUAAAUCCACUGGCGGAGAAAAUCAAGGUCCUGAACAUGGCGGAGAUCCAGACCCGGCUUGCGUACGUCUGCUGUGUGCGGCAGCUGGAGCUGGUCAGAGACAGCGAGUACUGCGAGUACAUCCGGCCGCCCAUCGACCGCUACGGCACGCUGGAUUUUGGGAAAUUCGAUGAGAUUGCUGAUGUGGGCUACCAGCACGGGAAGACGCUGUUCGAUGUGUGGCAGCGCAGCGGUGUGGUGGACAGCAUGCUGAAGGACAGACAUCAGGAGGAGUUCCACAGGACCAGAACUGGCCACGUGGUCACGUGUCCAAACGCCUCCUUCACCGACCUGGCAGAGAUAGUGUCCAGAAUCGAACCUGUGAAGAACGCCUUAAUCAGUGAGGAACUGUCUGAUGAGUACCAGACGGACUACGAUGAAGAGGCAGUGGAAAGUGCUCUGUCUGACUUUGAGGCGUUCGCCCCCGGCAGCGAACACACCGAGGGAGAGGAGACUGAUGAAGAAAUCCAGGUCAGAGUUCGACACCGGGGGAGGAAUGCCCCUGGAAGUGCUCGGCUGUGAUGUCCCGCCUGGUCUGCUGCCGACCAUGGAGCUCAGCAGACGUUGUUCAGUGCAGUGUUUGCUCUGGUCCAAUGAGCAGCCAGGUACCAGCCUCCUGUAGGCUUCACUGUUGGUGGAUGCAGCUCCUUCAGCUGGGUCCAGACAGCGAGCUGUUGUCAUCGUAGCCGCUACUUCUGAUCUGCUGCUGUGAACGGGUGGACUGCUGCUUCAGAUAGUUUCUGCUGUUAUAAACACUGAUUGAUGCCUCUAGAAGGAUGAUCAGACUUUAAAGCUGGUGUUGCUCCCAUGUGGAUUCUCUCCAUGAAGCUGGUAAAUCUGUGUGUCAGUCACAGUUCCUGUAAAAUCACCUCCUGCAUCGUCUCCUUCUGUAUUUUGUUGGUUGCUUUUGACCUUCAGCUGCUAUGUUUACUGUGGAAUCAGUGGAGGGUUAGUGACAUAAUAGCUUUGAUAGAGCAAAGAGACCCAGUGUGUCUCAAUCAUCCAGAUAAAAGUCAAACAAUUCUAUAGAAACAGCAUUUUAUUUUAUAGUGGUGUAUUUUCAUUCAUUCAGUGAAUUGUACGGAGUCACAGGUUCUAUUGUAGUAAUAAUGGUUCAGGAGUUCAGGGCAUAUGUCUAACUGUAUCACUAACUUGUAAAGACUGGUGUCUCCAUAGAGGCACAGCACACACUAGUACCCUACAGUUUUCAUCAGAGCAUUUUAUAUCCAGCACUACUAGUUACACCACUGUUAAAAGUUUGGAGUCACUUAGAAGUGUUCUUAUUUUUUUAAAGAAAAGCUUUUUUUCAAUGAAGAUAACAUUAAAUGAAUGAUAAAUCCAGUGUAGACAUAGUUAAUGUGCUAAAUGACUAUUCUAGCUGGAAACAGCUGAUUCUUAAUGGAAUAUCUCCAUAGGGGUACAGAGGAACAUUUCCAGCAACCAUCACUCCUGUGUUCUAAUGCUACAUUGUGUUAGCUAAUGGUGCUGAAAGGCUCAUUGAUGAUUAGAAAACCCUUGUAGUUAUGUUAGCACAUGGAUAAAAGUGGGAGUUUUCAUGGAGAACAUGGAAUUAUCAGGGUGACCCCAAACUUUUGAACAGUCGUGUACAUAGCUACUUCCUGCCAUCAUCAUUUCUGAUUCAUGUUUGUUGUGUUUCAUACUUCUAAGUUAAAAGAAGUUGUAUUUGCUUACACUAUGGUUCAAGUGCAGUGUUACCCUCUCUGUCCAGUGAUGAAGGGAAUUUGUCCUCUUUAGGAGCAGAAUGUGAAUAGUGACUAUAAUAAGCUUUUUAGUACAAAAUCUGUCAUAUAGGAUGUAUAAUUAGAUUUGAUCAUUUGAUUCAUAUUUUCUGCAUGAAGCCUGACAAACAAACACAUGGUGCUCAUUCCACUGACGUUUCAGCUGUGUCCCAGGUUGACUCUGUAUUAACCCUGUAAAACCCACUGUUGCAAAAAUACAUCAGUUAGAUGUAUAUUUUUUGUUAUUUAUUUUGUUCCGUAUAUAUAUUUGCUAUUUUUUUCUCUAUUUGGUUUACAGGGUUACGAUGAUUAUACAUAAAUAAAGAAGUUGUUUCUACUCAUGUUUUCACAUAAUUUAACAAGAAAUGUGCAAUUGUAACAAAUCUCAGGCCCAAAAACACUGAAGAAUUAAGUCUUUGAAGGAAAACAAGUUGAUUACACCUAAAGAUUGAUUGUUUCUACUUAUAUUUCUACGUAAUUUAAAAAGAAAUGUGCAAAUCUGAUGUAUCUCAGGCCCAAAAACGCUGAAAAAUGAAGUCCUCAGUACAUCACAUUUGGACAGUUCUUUUUAAAUUACAUGAAAAUAUUCAUGGAAACAACCUAUUUCUUUAUGUGUAAUUGAUGUAACCCUGUAAAACCCAAAUAUAUAAUUAAAAAGAAAUAAAACUGCCGUCGUGUUUUUGCAGCAGUGGUUUUAGGAGGUUAAGUCCUAACCAGACUGUGAGUCAGGUAGAACGCAGCAGGUAAAGCCCAGGUGUGUUAUGAUGGCUGGAUUCCAUGUAGAGGAGCUCCUGCUCUCCUGCACUAUGACGCACUGAAAUGGUUUACUGGGACACUUCAGGGAAUUGAGCUUUCAUGAAUUCCACCUGUGCUGUGCCCGCUGUGACGAGGUCCAAUGUCUGCCAUGAUGAAGGUCUUUUGUCUUUUUAGGCAAUGGAGGAGCUGCUGUCAGUCAGAAGAAAUGAAACAUUCAUUAAACAUCUCUGGAAAACAUGUCAUCUGUGAUUUUAAGUCCCAGUCUACCUGAGCAGACAGGUCGUGUAGAACUGGGACACAGCAUUUGACCUUUUAUAGCAGGGGAAGCACAAGUGGAACCUGAAGCACUAAUGAUGGGACUAAUAAUGUAAUUCAAACUCUUCCUGAACCGAACACUGUGCUGGUCUUUGGAAUGGCACCAUUAAACUGAAAGGCCUAAGA